AUGAUACUUUCUCGAAAAGCUGAACUUGAAAAUCAAAAGAAAUUGCAGGCUGAGCUAAUGAGAGCUGAAAAACUGCAUUUAAAAGAAUCAAGGCAGAGAGAAAUGAAUGAAAGACAAGCAGAAAAAAGAAAAAACCUUGAGAGAAUUCAAGCUUUGGAAGAUGAGCUUUUGAGAGAACUUGAAAAUAAAACUAGAAGGUCACGAAAUUCAAAUAGCAAACAGAGCACAAGCCGGUCGCUGUCUGAUACAAGAAGCACAGGAGAUUCUCAUCUUCAGCAAAUGAGGGAUUUGCAAGCAAAGGCUAAACAAAUGAUGAAAGGGAAGUUAUACUUAGAAGAAGAUUCAGAGACACCUUCAAUUCCUGACCAAAAUCAAGAAUUUUUGGGCUCAGACGAGAAACAAAUAUCAAUUCCAGUCUACAUACCCCAGUCCAUGAUGAGAAAAGCACAAAGAAUUCCUCCUCCAACAAUUCCUCACAUCACUAGAAAUGGCGACGUUUUAAAUGUCCACAUAAUAUCUGACCCAACUUACUCAGACCCAUUAGUCAGAGCCGAAGCCCAAGUCGAGCGCUCUGAAAUUGAAGAAUUUGCGAAGCAAAUGAACAAAAAAUCAAUAAAAGACGUAAUAACAGAUAUCCAAGCACAAUUCGAGUCUGGGUACAAGCUAUCUUCUUCGCCUACAAAAUCUCAGUCACUUUCUCCAAAAAAAAGAAAAGAAAAGCCUAGAGAAGAAACCUUAUACUUGCCUAAGCCUGAUGAUUUGCCUGUUGUGAGAGAGCAGGUAACUCCAAAAGGGAAACUGAGAUAUCAUUUGUUUCGAGAAAUUCCUUUAGAUGAAGAAAAUAAAUAAAAUGGUGACGUUGACAGAAAUUGGACUCUGAGGCACACUCUCUAUGGAGCAGGUAGGACCCAUCCUGAUGAAGCUGAAAGCAAGAGCCUGUGUCCCUCUUAUAGUAGACCUUCAGGCCAGGGGAUGCCUUGCCGAAGAGGGAGUUUUUGUUUCUACCCAGAAGAUUUCCUGUCCCUGCCAGAUGGACUAGACAGGCUUUGCUUACCACAUGAUCUUUUCUCAUCGGGACCAUCAGGGCAUUCAGCUGACGGUGGCUCUUUUCAAGAAAGCUGAUCCCCCGGACAGGUGUCACAGGUCGAAAUCCAAAAUUGCGUCGGCGAGAAGUAUGGUAGCAUCAGAAUUAUUCUGGGGCUGUAGCGGAGCUGAGACGGGGGCAAUGGCUAGUAGGUUGCCGCUUAUGACCAACUUCUUAUUUUAAUUUUAACUAAUUUAGAUGAAGUAAAGCACGAAGCUCAAAGAGUAUGGGUCUCAGAAAGGAUGAAACAAUACUCCACCAUUGUGAAGCAGAAUUUUACACCUAAGCCUGAUGAAAUGAAGCAAAUCGAGCUGCAGUUAUUAAGGGAGAAAUCCACAACAGCCAAGCCUAGAUUCAGUGAAAGAGUUAAACUUACAAGUCUUUCUUUCAGCUCAAUGUAA